AUGCCGCUGGUUCCGUCCUUCCGGAUAAAGCUGGAUGACCAAAUCCUGCAGGGUCUGGCCACCGUGGGCAAGUUCGACGGGAAGAACCCGUGCCUGACGUGCGCCACGAGCGGGGGCAAGAUCUUCGUGUACGACCCCUACAGCAGGCGAGAUGAACAGGACACGCCCAAGGUGCGGUACCUGAACAUCAACAAGAACAUCACGGCGGUGGCGAGCGGGCGGCUGGACCCGAAUAUUGGCCGCGAUAUUCUUCUGGUGGGAACAAACACGGACGUGAUGGCGUACGACGUCGAGGAGAACCGCGACGUCUUCUUCAAAGAGGUGCCCGACGGUGUGAACGCGAUGGUGUGCGGGAGAGUUGGCACGCACAACCAGCAGCCGCUCGCGGUCGUGGGCGGUAGCUGCAACAUCACGGGGUACGACGCCGACGGAGAGGAACGCUUCUGGACCGUGACUGGCGACAACGUACGCGCGAUGGCCCUGGCGGACGUCACCGGCGACGGUUCCAACGAGCUGCUGGUCGGGUCCGACGACUACGAGAUCAGGGUGUUUGCAAACGACGACGCCAUCAGCGAGGUGACCGAGGCGGAGAAGGUGGUGGGCCUGGCUCACCUCUCCGGCUCGAGGUUCGGGUACGCGCUCGAGAACGGCACGGUGGGGGUGUACGAGGGCAGGAAGCGCAAGUGGAGGAUCAAGAGCAAGAACAGGGUCACGGCGUUCAGCGCGUUUGACCUUACAGGGGACGGACGAAAGGAGAUCUGCGUCGGGUGGUCCAACGGAAAGCUGGAGGUUAGGAACCAGGAAACCGGGGAGGUCGUGUACAAGGACUCGUUCAAGUCCCCCAUCAGCGCGCUGCUCAGGGCUGACUACCGUCAGGACGGAGGCGGCGACGACAUGAUAUGCUGCUCGCUGGACGGCGAGGUGAGGGGCUACAAGACGCAGGGCGCGUUGGGCGGCGUGGGCUCCCUGAAGGACGACGAGUUCAUGGAUGAGAACGUCAAGGAGGAGACCCUCGUGGAGCUCAACCAAAAACGCCAAGACCUACUCGCGGAGCUGAAAGGGUACGAGAGGAACACGAGGGCUCUGUACAACGCCGGCGUGGGUGGAGAGACGGAGACCACCGGCACCAUCCCGAAAGACACCAAGGUGAACUCGUCGCUGGAGAUGAACCCGGAGGAAGGAUGCGGUGAGGUGGUUCUCAGCACGAAUAACGACACCGUGAUCAAGGCCGCGAUACUAUUCUCGGAGGAGAUUUUCGACGAGGAGGCCAGGUUCGUGUACUUCCCAAACCCGCAACGAGUCGCGAAGGUCGCCAUCAAACCCAAGAAAGACUCCGCCGCCGACGUUGCCAUCAAAGUUCUGGUAUCGUCGCGCACCAGCUCGACGUACCACGUGUUCGAGGUCGACUUUCGUCUACCAAGGUUCUGCAUGUACUUGCCGCUCAAGGCGCUGCCGCAGGUACCGGCGUCGUCCGUGCAAGUGCGCAUCGCAGAGCGGUUAGUGAAAAUCGCCAAAUGGAUCGACGACGCGUUCAUGCUGCAGACGUCCCGCGAGGUGGAUGAUUACUCGGAGGAGUGUGGAUGCCACAUGGUCUGUCUGAGGGACUCGAAGCCGCUUAGUAUUCGAGCCGUGAACGCCGGCGACGACGGGUGCGACGUGGUGGUGCAUUGCGACGACAUGGACACCUGCGGCGAAGUUAUUCAGGACAUGACCAAGGCGCUUGGUCUGGGCGACGUGGAGUGCACGGCGGAUUUCCCGUACGACAUGGAGCGACUGCGCGAGACUCUGACGCGGGUGGAUGAAUACAACGCGCUGCGGUCCAGACUGGUGACGGAUGUGGCGGAUGCGAGCAACACGAUCAAACACCUUAUUAUUCGCGCGGAGGAUUCACGGAUCUUGAAGGAUUGGAAGACGAUGACGCGCAUGUACGGCGAGCUGAGGGACCUGAACCGCGAGCUCAUAAGGGAACACCAGAAGCGGGUCGAGAAUCACGAGGCGCUUCUGGCGGCACUGCGUGAGGUGAACCAAACUAUCCAGAAGGCAGCUAAGCUCAGGGCGGGCGGACCCAAAACCAAGAUGGUGGCGGCGUGCAGGCAGGCCAUCAAGGUAAACAACGUGCACGCGCUGUUCAAGAUCAUCCAGCUUGGCGCGGACCUCGCGGAACAAACCGCGGGAUUCGAGUAA